AUGUAAGAGCCAUUUAAAGUUAGUAUUAGAGUUAAACCCUAUGAUGGAAGAUCAAGAUUUCUGACUUAAAGAAUAGGGAAAGAAACUGUACUAUAGAAAUAAUCAAUAGAUAAUAUAAGUAGAAUGUCCUACUUAGACAAUAAGAGAUCCUGAUACUUAUGAACAAAGAUCAUUUGCAUUUGACAAUGUUUUCAAUGAAGGAGAGAGUACAAGAGAUAUUUAUAAUUCAGUAAAGAAAUAUAAUGGAUAAUAUAUUAGUCUAUAUAAUAAAUGAUUUAUGAUUGUGUUUCAUAAGGAUAUAAUGGAACAGUUUUGGCUUACGGAUAAACAGGUUCCGGAAAGAGUUAUACUAUGUUUGGCAACUUAUAUGAUCCUUUGGUAGAGAAUGAUGGAUUAGUUUCUAUGGUAUUAGAUUAACUAUUCUAAAUGAACGUUAAAAUUAGUAUAUCAUAUUUGGAAAUUUAUAAUGAAUAAAUAAGGGACUUGAUAGGAGAUUAAGUUGGUUUAUAAUUGAAUGAAGAUCCUAUAAAAGGAGUGAUGUUACAAGAUGUGCAAGAAUUUUAGAUUUUAACAAUAGAUUAAGCAAAAUCAAUAAUAAUUAAUGGCAAUUAAAAAAGAGUUAUGGCAGCAACUAAUGCUAAUUAAUUUUCAUCUAGAUCUCAUGCUAUUAUUUAAUUAUUUGUUGUAAAUUAACAAUAUUAAUGUAAAUUAUCACUUGUUGAUUUGGCUGGAAGUGAAAAAGCAAAUGUAAAUGAAGGUAGUAAAGGAAUAAGAUAAAUGGAAGGAGCUAAUAUUAAUAAAAGUUUAUUGGCAUUAGGAAAUUGUAUUAAUAUGUUGGCUUGUGAUUAAUCUAUGAAAAAGUUUGUACCUUAUAGAGAUUCAAAAUUAACAAGACUAUUAAAAGAUUCUCUUGGAGGCAAUACUAAAACACUUAUGAUAGGAUGUGUAUAAUAAGUAGUUUAAUGUCAUGAGGAAACUAUUAAUACUUUAAAAUAUGCAGCUAGAGCUAGAGCAAUUAAAAAAAAGAUUGUUUAAAAUAUUAAAAUUAAUGAUGUUACAAAUUGUAAUUGUAAUUCAGAAAAUACUAGUUUGUUAUAAGCAGAAAUUGAAGCAUUAAAAUAAGAAGUUUCAUUUUAAUGUAGAUAUUGUAAAUUAUUAUAGGUUAAUUGACAGAGGAAGAAAUUGAAAUUAGAUUAAAUUUAAAACAAAUUGAUUAAUUAUAACUAUAAAAUAGAGAAGGCUUAGAAUAUUUAUUACAAUAGAUGAAUUAAGAAAUGGUUGAUGAAGAUAGGUUGAAGAAUGAAAUAUUACAAUAUGAAAGAGCUAUUAAUGAAAAUGAGAGAAUUAGAUAAGAAUUGAAUUCCUAAUUAUUAUCUAAAAAGAAAGAGAGAAUUGAUCCAAAAGAUGUCUAAAUUGAAAUGCUUAAGAGAGAAAUUACUUUUUUAAGAGAUCAAAUUAAAUAGAAGGAUUUGGUUAUUGAUUCAUUAAAAAUAGAAAAAGAUAAUGCAAAAUAAUAAUCUAGACCACAUACAAGCUAUUAAGAAACUGAUAGAUAAAAAAUGAAUAAAGAAAACUCUAUGGAUAUUGAUGUUAGAAAAGAUAGUUUAUAAUAUUGUGGUUCAACUAAAUCAAUAAAAUAAACUACAACUAGAGAAGAUGAAUAACAUCUCCAAAAAUUAAAUAAAGCUAGAGAUAAUUAUAAAAUUUUUAGAGCUAAAAUGAUCUAACUUUAAGAAAAAAUGAACUAUUAUACAAAAAACGAAAUUUAAUUGAACUAAAAUUAACUAAAAGAAAUUAUAGAUUUAAUGAAUGAAUUAUCAACUCAAAAUGGUCCUGUUCUUAAAUAGGAUGAAGAAAUGAUAAUUUAUUUUUAAAAAUUUAUUAAGUCUUAAACCUAGAAAUCAUAAUAAUAAAUUAAUCAAAAUAAUAAUUAAACUAAUCAAAAUAAUUAAAUAACUACUCCAUAAUAAAGAUCAAGAAGUGUAAACCCAAAUCCUAUUAGAGGAAAAGGAACAUCUUAACAUCAAAGAAAACCUUUAUAACCUACUAAUUAAUCACCUAUGAAUAGAUAAUUGUUCAGUAAUCACUCUAAGUAAUAUUAAUAAUUAGUUUAAAAAGGAAAAAAGGUAUAAUAUUGGUUUGAUUUUAGGAAAGUUAUCCCACUCCGUAGAAUAAGUAAAAGUUUAUUUUGGAAUACGUAAAGAAAAUGGAAAAUCAAUUACCGAGGGGGAGUAACAAAUCCCCACUACAAUCAUUUAGCUCAGAAAACUCGGAUAAGUAUUAAUUCACUAAUAUAAGACCAGAGACGAUAUUAUUAAGCGUAGUUUUGUUUAAAAAGUUCCAUUUCAAUCAAUUUAAUGAUAUUAAUAUUAGCGAUUAUUAUUGUCUCAUUAAUAAUUCAAAUAUCUUUCAUAUUUUAUUAAUCUUUCUAAUUUAGUUUAAAAAAUAAAUUAUUUAAAAAUUUCUAUAUUCUUAUUCUCUUUUGUUUAAUAUAAAAGUUACUAUGAUUGGAAUUAUUAAAAUUGUUUCAACUUUUAUUAAUUAAAUUUAAAUAUGGAUAAUUCUAAAUCAAAAGAAAAUUAAAAAACUGAACCUUUAAGACCAUGUUGUGCUUGCCCAGAAACAAGGAAACUAAGGGAUGAAUGCAUAAUUUCUUUAGGAGAAGAAAAAUGUUAAAAGGAAAUUGAAAAUCAUAGACUUUGUUUAAAAAAGCUUGGAUUUGAAUGAAAGUUUUAAUUAUUAAUAAUUAAAUAAGAGUUCUAUUAGAUUGUGAACUCAGUUUAUUUUAGAAUAAAUUUAUAUAUAUCUCUUUCUUAACUUUAUUGUAUAUAAAAUAUAAUAUAUAAAUAUGAUUUUUUAUAAAUCUCUUGGAAAGGUGCCUAUCUUUAGAUUUUCUACAUCAGUUAUUGAGAUUCUAAAUAAGUUCGAUGAAGACUAUUAUGUCAAUAAUUAUUUAAAUACAUUCAAUUCCACAGGGUUUCCAUAGGCUUGUUUAUGUAAAAAAGAGAAAUAAUUUAAUACUUAGAAAUUGGAAAUAAAAAUUGCAAUAUUAUUGGUUUACCAAGAUCAGGUGUUUAAGAAACAAUUGUAGAUGAUUUAACUGAUAUUUUGCUUAAGGAUAAGAAAAAAAAUAAUUUCUUAGUUCAAAUUGAUCCAUCCCCUUAUUUAUACACAAAAAGAUAACUUUAUAAAUAUUAUCAUUCUAAAGUUGAUCCAAUCAUAACUGAUGUAAGAAAUUCUAGUAAUGAAAGAAUUUAUUUGAAUAAUUACCAACUUUACCUAUUGAUACCAAUGAAUUAAGAUUAGAUUUAGCUAUAUUUGAUUCUAUCAAUUUAAUAUAGCAAAACCCUUAAUUGAGUUCAGAAAAUAAAUAAAGUAUUUUUGAAUAUUUGAAUGGAUAAAAGUUAGGAUACUAUUAAUCAACUCUUAAAAAAUUAAAAGAAAAUAUAUAAAAAAAUGGAGAAUUAUCUUAAUAAUAAUAAAAAGAGAGUGAUGAAAUGGCUAAAAAGUUUGCAGAUUUAUUAUCUAAUACAAUUCUAUACAGAGAUUAAAAUUAUAAUGAAGUUGUUCAAUUAAGUUUACUAUAAGCUUUAUAUAUGACUACAUUAAAAGGAGCUAACAUUUAUUUAAUAGGAAUGUCACAAAUAUAUUAGAGAAUUGCUAGCGGAAUAUUUUUAUCUUUAUCUGAAAUUUAAGAGAUGUUUAAUAAUAUAUGUUUAGAAAUCUAAAAUAAAAGUAUUGGUGAAAAUAAUUUAAAUUAUUUAUUCGAAUUCUCAACUAUGUUAUGGAAAUAAAAAGGAAUCGAAUAUUAUUUAUUAUUCAAUAUUAAUCGUUAUUUAAAGAAUACAAAAGAAAAUGAAGUUACAGUUGUUGUUGAUGCUUUGCAUUACGAUCCUCUAAGAAUUGCAAUAUCAAAUUAAAAAAAUAAUUUUAUAGAAGAAAUAGAAAAUAGUUAUUUUGCAGAAUUUUAACAUCCAAAAUUAGAGAAACCAGAAAAUGAUGAUCAAAUGAUCGAGAAACAUGCAAUUCUAAGUUCUAUUUUAUCAUUUUAAAUAUGGAAAGAGCCUUGCAUAAAUAAUCCUUUUCCAUAUUUAUCAGUAGAUUUUAAAAAGCUGAAUGCUGAUUAAUAACAAGAAAUUCAUAAUAAAUUUGAUAAUUUUUAUGAGAAAUAUUCAAAACAAAUUUAAGAUGUGAAAAAUUCAUUAAAAUAAUAAUGA